AUGGACGACUGUGCUGUACUAUCAAACUCGAUUAAUAUGGCAGCGUCCUUGGAUGUAGACCUGCAAGUGAUGAUGAACCAGUAUCCUCAACAGUCUGCUCAUUCAAAUUCUUCUGGCCAGCACUAUAUUGGACAAAACUCCCAGGAGCACACAUUGCAACGACCCAUCAAUGCGGCAGAUUUCGAACAGCAUAGCAUAAACUCAUUACAAGGGCAUCAUGCUCAGCCCGUUGCUGAUAUUCCUGUUGGAAUAUUCAACCAACCGGAGAAUACCCACCCCAGCUUUCAUACUCCCCACCACUACUACCCUCCGUAUGCACAAAAUCGUUCUCCUCAAAAUCGCGAGGAUGUGGAACUGACUUCUUUUUACGGGGCCAUGCCAAUUUCGGAGAAGUAUAAUUCUACUUCCGCCGCACCCCAGCAACUGCAGUUUCCAGGUACUACUGAAAAUCUCAACGGCCCCAAGGAUCACAAUUCAACGUCGGGUCCGCCACCCACCAAGAGGAAGCGUGGCCGACCGGCCCUUUUUCCCUCUAGCGAUAAUGACGUCGGCAGAGGCGUGCUUCCCGAGGAUGAGGAGCACACCUUGUUCGGAGCCAUCCGCUCCGGUCGUGCCUCCCCUCAAACUUUGGUUGAUGAUUGGAUAGAACAGUAUAAGACAGGUCGGGCACCAGCGAUGUUGGAGUUGGUUCAGUUCUUCAUCUCAUGUUCGGGAUGCAAAGGGAAGGUUUCCUUGGACAUGUACAACACUCUACCCCACGCUGAUAUUAUUAAGCGUAUGACGGAGGAGUUCGAUGAAGACUCUGGUGAAUAUCCCCUUGUCCAAUCCAGUCCUACUUGGCGUCGAUUUCGAUCUAAUUUCGUGGAGUUUAUUCAAGUUUUGAUUCGUCAAUGUCAGUACAGUAUCAUUUAUGAUCAAUGUAUGGUGGACCAGAUUGUCUCCCUUCUUACUGGCCUUUCAGACUCUCCCGUUCGUGCUUUCCGUCACACAAGUACCCUGGCUGCCAUGAAGAUGAUGACGGCUCUAGUAGACGUAGCCUUGAAUGUGAGCAUCAAUCGUGACAACACUCAGCGGCAAUAUGAGGGUGAGCGAGCUCGUGGCGGUGGUAGCGGUGCUUCCAGUAGCAGGCGUUCAGGCGCCGGCAACGACCGUCUCGAUGUGUUGAUGUCACGUCGUCAGGAGUUGGAGGAGAAUAUGAAGGAGGUGAAGGAUAUGCUCAUUCUCCUCUUUAAGGGCAUCUUCAUCCACCGAUAUCGCGACAGCCAGCCGGAGAUUCGAGCUAUCUGCAUCGCUGAAAUUGGUGUCUGGAUGCGUCGUUAUCCUGCCAUGUUCCUGGAUGAUAGCUAUCUAAAAUACAUCGGCUGGACACUUUAUGACCGGGUUGGUGAGGUUCGAUUGCAAUGUCUCCGUGCUCUUCAACCCCUCUACGACGACCCCACUUUUGUCUCGAAUUUGUCCCUUUUUACCUCUCGUUUUAAAAAGAGGCUUGUUGAUAUGACCCUGGAUAAGGAAUUGGAUGUUGCGGUCCAAGCCGUCAAAGUGGUCUCUUGCAUCCUCAAGCAUGCUGAAUCUAAGCUCGAGGAUAAGGAUUGCGAAAACAUUUAUGAGCUUGUCUACUGCACACACCGACCGCUUGCCCAGGCCGCGGGUGAAUUUCUGACGCUAAAGCUCUUCGAAGUUGAUGCCAACGCUCCAAUCACUCGAACAAGGAAGGGCAAAAAGCGCAGCGAGAACACUCCUCUACUCCGCGAUCUUGUGCAGUUCUUCAUCGAGAGUGAAUUGCAUGAGCACGCGGCAUACCUAGUGGAUAGUUUGUGGGAGAUUGCUCCUAUGCUACGUGACUGGGAAGCGAUGAUUGACUUGCUUAUUGAAGAACCGGGCAAAAACGAAGAACCUCUUGAUGCCAGUCAAGAAAGCAGCUUGAUUGAGAUCAUGGUCUGCUGUGUGCAGCAGGCAGCGACUGGGGAGAGUCCCGUUGGUCGCCAGUCGGGCUCACACUCAUCGUCAGCAGUUGUACUGGGUGCAGGUGAGACUGCGGUGCCUCGUGUCGGCCGAGGCGGGGUCCUCUCGGCGCGCGAAGCGAAGGCUCUUGCUGAGGCGAGGGCUCACAUGACGGAAGCCAUGAUUCCCGCCCUCCAUCCCCUUCUCACUCGUUUUGGCGAGUCCGCCGAACGGGCCACCUCUCUCCUCCAAAUCCCCCGCUAUAUGGACCUCGAAAUUUACACCACUGGGCGUCACCAACGCCAUCUGGACCUCCUCCUUCAGUGUGUUGAGCGGGUAGUAGAGCGACACACGGAUCCAGAGACGCUUCUAGCAUGUUCGAGAGCUUAUGAAGUGUUGUGCCAGGAUGAUCUGAGUAUCGCGGCAAACUGUCAGACUGUGCGGGGCACCCUCUUUGAUCGACUCACCGAUCUCUACCGUCGUGCCUUCCUCAGCUACUUCAACGAACAAGGUGAUGAACCUGAUGACGACGAUGAAUUCCAUCUUGUCUCUGCGCUCAAGCGUAUCUACGCCUUCUACUCCUGUCACGACCUCAAUGGGCUUGGCUUAUGGCAGAGUCUCAUCAGGAUAGUGAGCUAUGCUCCCGAAGAGGCGAGCCCCGAGAUCAUUGCCCAAGCUAUCGCAUGCUGCGCCAAAUCUCUUUUCUGGCGAUUAGCCCAUGUCAGCGAACCCGAUCCUUCCAAGGAUGAGGUUAAUGAGUUGCGUCAGAUGUUGGACAAUUACAUGUGCCUAUGCACUAAGUGGGUGGGGAAUGGCAACAAACGAAUAGCCACUGAGGCCUAUUUGUCUCUCUGUGAUCUCCUUGUGGCCUUCUCUCGCCACCUUGACGCUACAGAACCCAGCAUCAAGUCCCUCGCCUACGUUCCCGACCCUGCCAUUGAGACUGGUCUCAUCCGUUUCCUCGAAACAUUUGUAUUUGUUGAUGAUGAGGAGGACGAAAACCUCAAAUUCGAGGCCCUGCACGAGCGACGGAUCCAGCUGGCGGGUUUCUGCAAGUUGGUUGUCUACAACCUCCUUCCAAUCAAGUCGGCAGCUCCUCUGUAUAGGCACUACAUCCGUUUCCAUGGCGAAUUUGGCGAUAUCAUGAAAUCGACGCUAGGCAAGCUGCGCGAAAUAAACCGUGUUCAUACUGCCAAGAUGAUUGUCUACUGUCUGCAGCUGGGAUUUAGCGAACUACGGGCUGCCUGUCAGGGAAGUUCGUUGGAGCGCGCUUCAGAUGGCUUCCAGGCUCUACGCGAGCUGGCACGACGAUUGAAUCUCAGCUUCGGCUUGGACUUAAUAAAGAUUCGUGAGGCCAUGGUAGCCUUCCACUCGGACGGCAUCCAGUUUGUCCUCUCCACUACUCCCCCGGCUACCAACACUACAGCCGGCGAUACCCACUCUGUUCCCACCGGUCUUCUCUUCCUCGAGAUCAUGGCCGAAUUCUCUAACAAGCUACUGCAGCAAGACAAGCGCAGCAUAUCAAGCUACACGUUCAGGAUCUUCCCUCAAGCCUCUGGUGAGGAGUGGGCUUCCCUACAAGCCUAUAGAACAAGCCUUGAUCCAGACGCUUCUGAUCAUCACCCACUGGGUACAUCUAGCCAAAAUAUCGCCUCUGGCUCCGUUGGACCUUCUGGUCGAGGUCGGGGUAGACCGAGAAGGCCACGUCCUGACGAAGUUAUAGAUCCCGACGCGGCGCAAUUUGUGACAGGGACGACGAUAAAACGGAGGAAAGGGAACUCGGAGGACCUCUUUACUUCAGGAACUGCGUCCCCUGCCCGAAGACCCGGUCGAGUGGUAAAAGGCAGGCGACGACACCCGUUAUGCCUCCCGCGAUGGCCCCGGUGGGCCAUUGAUACACACGCAUCCAUGGGGCAGCGUGUGUUCCCCGAGCGACCCUCUUCCCCGGCAGCAGUACUAUCACCACUCUACCCAAGACCCCCCAUUAUUGAGACCCGGGUAGUCCGCUUUCUCCGGAACGAGUGUCUGCGCUAUGGUAGGCGUUCUCAUGUGCGUCUCUCCGUUAAGGACGUCGAUGGUCAUACCUACAUUGCUGCUUUGGCUAAAUUUCUCAAGAAAACUGGGAAGAUAAGGGUUCCUGACUGGGUAGAUGUUGUGAAACUAUCGACUGCCAACGAGCAGGCUCCCCACGACCCCGACUGGUUCUACGUACGCUGUGCUGCUGUACUUCGUCACCUUUACCUCAGGCCCACCGGUCUAACUGGCCUCAGCAAGGCCUUCGGUCGUGGCAAGCGAAAUGGUGUUUGCCCGCGCCACCACGUGCGUGCCUCUACUUCCAUACUCCGCCGAUGCCUCCAUGAAGUCGAGAACAUGGGUCUUGUCGAAAAGCGAACGGAUGGUGGCAGAGAAAUUUCACGCACUGGCCGCCGUGAUAUGGACAGUGUUGCAUAUGAAACUGCCAAGGCUCUCCGCGCGGCUAAGUGA